CGACUUUGUGAUGCAAGCCGAGCCCAGGCAGAGCACUAAAGCCUAUUCUAUCUGUUGCCAAACCAAAAUGUCUUCAAUGAAGCUCUUCCUUGUUCUCAUUCUUGCCACGGCUGUCAGUCCCAUCAUGGCAACUCGAUCAGCAGCACUCUUCCGCACUACUGUUAAACUAAGCAAUAGCAAAGCCAAAGAAACUGCAUACGCUCCUCCUGCAGGGUCAGCCCCGUUGAUCAUAUAUGAACUUAUAGACAACUCCACAAGCCCUGGAAACAGCCGGUUUGAGACGGAAAUUGGCCGCAUCUAUGGUGUGGAGACCUUGUCAUUAGCCAGUCAGUAUGUCCUCGAUACCCUGUACAAGGGACAGAAGCCGCGAUAUGGGAAGGACUACUCGGAGGUUGUAGCGAUAAUUGAGAGCUUCAACCAGGCCCGCCUCGGACAGUAUCCCCUUGAAGUGGCCAGUACGGUGGGAAACAAAAUCCGCCUGAACUCCGAUUAUAUCCAAUACUUCAGCGGAGACGUCAAGUACGAAUUUACUGGAAUCAUGUACCACGAGAGCACUCGCAUCUGGCAGAACAGGAAUGAAAGGGCUCCAGCUGGGCUUAUCAAUGGCAUAGCCGACUAUGUGAGGUUGAAGGCAGGUUGGCCCUCCCUGAACUGGGAGAAGCGAGGCUCGGGUGACCGGUGGGACGAGGGUUACCACGUCACAGCCUACUUCCUGGAAUACUGCAAUUCGAUCAGAGAAGGAUUUGUCGCGGAGCUGAAUGGCAUCUUGAGGUUUUUCUACAGCGAUGAGAUCUUUGUGUCAUUACUCGGGAGGAGUGUCGAUGAACUAUGGAUCGGCUACAAGUUAGCCUAUGAGAGUCCUGCACCGGCACCAACCCCAGCAUGCUAAAAGCCUUCAAUUUCAUGCAUUUUACUUUCUUUUACUGCCUUUUUGGCCCGCUUGAGUCUUAUUUAUGUAAGAUAUCGGGUGGGAGAAUAAAUUGUCAUAGUCCUCU